UAGAACUCCUCCCCAUAUUAACUUUUCCAACAUCAACAACCCCUUACCCAUGGGGCCGCCCUCUUUUUAAAAGUCCUGGAUGCGCCCCUGCCUAACAUGUUCUCAAAGUUUUCUUCACGGAACGGUCUCUCUAAGUAAUGUAGCCUAUUCAUGCGCAUUCAGAGGAGAGAAACUGUUGUUUUAACGAUUUUGACCCUCAGGUGCCUCUUUGCCUCCUCAUCCUCGCCGCUGGGACCCUGCCGGACUCUCUGAUUGGCCGGUGCGCCGCGGUGAUGUCACCGCCUGCCUCGCUGUCCCAGUCCGGUGAAGCAUCAGGCGCAGAUCCGCGCAGGAGCUCCAGAUGGAGUUGACGCGCGAUGGGAUAAGAGCUGCGGGUCUUCUGAUGAACUCGAACCGUGUGGGCUCAGAGUGCAGCUGCAGCCCGUCAUGGGGGACGGCGGCGCGUCUUCGCCGGUGAACCUCCACAACGGCACCGGGAGCGAGGCGUCCGACGCGUCGGGCUCCGCUGCGGCCGCGUCCGAGCACUGGCUGGCCGGGAUGAGCCUGGUGAUGGGUCUGAUCGUCCUGUCCAUCGUAUUCGGGAACAUCCUGGUGAUCGUGGCUAUAGCCAAGACGCAGCGGCUGCAGACGCUCACCAACGUGUUCAUUGUGUCGCUUGCGAGCGCGGACCUCAUCAUGGGGCUUCUGGUUGUGCCAUUUGGCGCGGCGCUGGAGGUGCGCGGCUCCUGGAUGUACGGCUCGUUCUUCUGCGAGUUUUGGAUCUCCGUGGACGUGCUCUGCGUCACCGCCAGCAUAGAGACUCUGUGCGUAAUAGCCAUCGACAGGUAUGUGGCCAUCACCUCACCUUUCCGCUACCAGAGCUUGUUAACCAAAGCCCGCGCCAGGGCGAUGGUGUGCGUGGUGUGGGGCAUCUCCGGGCUGGUCUCCUUCCUCCCCAUCCUCAUGCACUGGUCCCGCGACAGCGUGGACACCGCCUGCUACGAUGACCCCCACUGCUGCGACUUUGUGACCAACAGGGCUUACGCCAUCUCCUCAUCCAUCAUUUCCUUCUACAUUCCGCUCCUGGUCAUGAUAUUUGUUUACGCGCGUGUGUACAGAGAGGCCAAAAUGCAGCUGAGGAAGAUCGACAAGUGCGAGGGCAGGUUCCACAAUACCCUAACCGGACUGACCUCCAAGUGCAAGAAGAGGCCGUCGAAGAUCCUGGCGCUCAGAGAGCAGAAGGCCCUCAAGACUCUGGGCAUCAUCAUGGGGACGUUCACCUUGUGCUGGCUGCCCUUCUUCAUCGUCAAUGUGGUGAGGGUGUUCUGCGCGGAGGUGGUGGACAAGAACCUGUUUGUGUUCCUGAACUGGUUAGGCUACGUGAACUCCGCCUUUAACCCGAUCAUCUACUGCCGGAGUCCGGACUUCAGGAAAGCCUUCAAGAGGCUGCUGUGCUGCCCGAAGCAGGCGGACCGCCGGCUGCACAUCAGCUCCUGCGAUCUGUCGCGGUGCUCCGGCGGCUUUGUUUCCGCUCUGGAGCCCGGGACGCUGGAGAUGUGGUCGGACUGCGCAGUCCUGGACAACAGCGACAGCAGCUUGAUGGGGACUGGGAAACUGUCUCACUCUGAGUCCCAGAUGUGAAGGAAAAUAUUGAAAUUAACUUAUUGUUGUUGCUUAAAAAAACAACAACAAAAAAACACCUUCAGCCUGUGUGAAUAAAAACCAAAAUGCAUCCAAAUCGAUCGUCAUUUUGGGACAGGGAUGCAGAAUUUCCUUUAAGGUGUUUUCAAAAAUGUAGAACAAAGUGACGAAGUUUGGAAAAUUCUACAGAACCAAACACUUUUAAUAUAUAUAAAAAAAUCUAAAAUCCAAAUUUGCCAAAAAAAAAGGAAAAAGGAAGGUAGUACGCUUUU